AUGACGUGUCCGGCGCGCACGCGGCGUCUCAAGCGCGCACGCGGCGUCUCAAGCGCGCACGCGGCGUCUCAAGCGCGCACGCGGCGUCUCAAGCGCGCACGCGGCGUCUCAAGCGCGCACGCGGCGUCUCAAGCGCGCACGCGGCGUCUCAAGCGCGCACGCGGCGUCUCAAGCGCGCACGCGGCGUCUCAAGCGCGCACGCGGCGUCUCAAGCGCGCACGCGGCGUCUCAAGCGCGCACGCGGCGUCUCAAGCGCGCACGCGGCGUCUCAAGCGCGCACGCGGCGUCUCAAGCGCGCACGCGGCGUCUCAAGCGCGCACGCGGCGUCUCAAGCGCGCACGCGGCGUCUCAAGCGCGCACGCGGCGUCUCAAGCGCGCACGCGGCGUCUCAAGCGCGCACGCGGCGUCUCAAGCGCGCACGCGGCGUCUCAAGCGCGCACGCGGCGUCUCAAGCGCGCACGCGGCGUCUCAAGCGCGCACGCGGCGUCUCAAGCGCGCACGCGGCGUCUCAAGCGCGCACGCGGCGUCUCAAGCGCGCACGCGGCGUCUCAAGCGCGCACGCGGCGUCUCAAGCGCGCACGCGGCGUCUCAAGCGCGCACGCGGCGUCUCAAGCGCGCACGCGGCGUCUCAAGCGCGCACGCGGCGUCUCAAGCGCGCACGCGGCGUCUCAAGCGCGCACGCGGCGUCUCAAGCGCGCACGCGGCGUCUCAAGCGCGCACGCGGCGUCUCAAGCGCGCACGCGGCGUCUCAAGCGCGCACGCGGCGUCUCAAGCGCGCACGCGGCGUCUCAAGCGCGCACGCGGCGUCUCAAGCGCGCACGCGGCGUCUCAAGCGCGCACGCGGCGUCUCAAGCGCGCACGCGGCGUCUCAAGCGCGCACGCGGCGUCUCAAGCGCGCACGCGGCGUCUCAAGCGCGCACGCGGCGUCUCAAGCGCGCACGCGGCGUCUCAAGCGCGCACGCGGCGUCUCAAGCGCGCACGCGGCGUCUCAAGCGCGCACGCGGCGUCUCAAGCGCGCACGCGGCGUCUCAAGCGCGCACGCGGCGUCUCAAGCGCGCACGCGGCGUCUCAAGCGCGCACGCGGCGUCUCAAGCGCGCACGCGGCGUCUCAAGCGCGCACGCGGCGUCUCAAGCGCGCACGCGGCGUCUCAAGCGCGCACGCGGCGUCUCAAGCGCGCACGCGGCGUCUCAAGCGCGCACGCGGCGUCUCAAGCGCGCACGCGGCGUCUCAAGCGCGCACGCGGCGUCUCAAGCGCGCACGCGGCGUCUCAAGCGCGCACGCGGCGUCUCAAGCGCGCACGCGGCGUCUCAAGCGCGCACGCGGCGUCUCAAGCGCGCACGCGGCGUCUCAAGCGCGCACGCGGCGUCUCAAGCGCGCACGCGGCGUCUCAAGCGCGCACGCGGCGUCUCAAGCGCGCACGCGGCGUCUCAAGCGCGCACGCGGCGUCUCAAGCGCGCACGCGGCGUCUCAAGCGCGCACGCGGCGUCUCAAGCGCGCACGCGGCGUCUCAAGCGCGCACGCGGCGUCUCAAGCGCGCACGCGGCGUCUCAAGCGCGCACGCGGCGUCUCAAGCGCGCACGCGGCGUCUCAAGCGCGCACGCGGCGUCUCAAGCGCGCACGCGGCGUCUCAAGCGCGCACGCGGCGUCUCAAGCGCGCACGCGGCGUCUCAAGCGCGCACGCGGCGUCUCAAGCGCGCACGCGGCGUCUCAAGCGCGCACGCGGCGUCUCAAGCGCGCACGCGGCGUCUCAAGCGCGCACGCGGCGUCUCAAGCGCGCACGCGGCGUCUCAAGCGCGCACGCGGCGUCUCAAGCGCGCACGCGGCGUCUCAAGCGCGCACGCGGCGUCUCAAGCGCGCACGCGGCGUCUCAAGCGCGCACGCGGCGUCUCAAGCGCGCACGCGGCGUCUCAAGCGCGCACGCGGCGUCUCAAGCGCGCACGCGGCGUCUCAAGCGCGCACGCGGCGUCUCAAGCGCGCACGCGGCGUCUCAAGCGCGCACGCGGCGUCUCAAGCGCGCACGCGGCGUCUCAAGCGCGCACGCGGCGUCUCAAGCGCGCACGCGGCGUCUCAAGCGCGCACGCGGCGUCUCAAGCGCGCACGCGGCGUCUCAAGCGCGCACGCGGCGUCUCAAGCGCGCACGCGGCGUCUCAAGCGCGCACGCGGCGUCUCAAGCGCGCACGCGGCGUCUCAAGCGCGCACGCGGCGUCUCAAGCGCGCACGCGGCGUCUCAAGCGCGCACGCGGCGUCUCAACAACUCCUUUUGCCAGUCACGCCGAUGUAAGACAAGUUUGGACGGCGAGCCACCCAAGGCCCACGGUUGUCACUCGGAUACUCCAGCGGCUGCCCACAGCAGGCGGGCGCUGGCCCCUGUCACAGUUCCCGCACCACUUUCGUACUUCAUACCAUCCAGCUGCCGUGCACUGCCACAGAAAACCUCAGCGCGGCGCUGCUCCACCAUCUCGCCAACACUCGUGCUCUUCGGCGCGACUGAGGAGCCUGACCCACACUGGUGCACACUGCUGGACGAGGCGUGA